AUGGCUACCCCCAGGGUUCUUACCUUUGAUACUGAGGGUUGUGCUGUUGACUUUGAUGUCUGGGUCGAUGACCUCCAGCUGUUCCUACAGUGCGAUAGGGCAGACGGACUCUCCCUGUUUGAUUUCACCUCUGGUGCCUCCCCUGCCCCGCCUGCUACUGCUGACAGCACUGAGCGCCUCCUAGCAGUAGAGAAGAGCAUAGUCGCUGUAGGAGGGGGUGGGGGUGGUGGUGGUGGUGGAGGUGGCGGUGGCAGUGGAGGGGGUGGGGGUGGUGGUGGGAGUGGUGGCGGGGGUGGAGGCGGCGGUGACAGCAGUGGAGGCGGAGGAGGCGGCGGUGGUGGCGGAGGGAGCGGAGGCGGCGGAGGUGGCGGAGGUGGCGGAGGCGGUGGAGGCGGCGGCGGCGGCGGAGCUGGUCGAGACUAUGCGCAGAGGAGUGCGUCCGGUGGUGGUCCGCGCCAGCAGCAGCAGCGCAGUCGUGAGACCCUGUCCCCUCAGCAGCUUCGUGAGUGGUAUGCUGCGCGUCAGCGCGGUGGGGGUACUGGUCCCUGCAUUUACGUCCUCCGUACCGGCGACCGCGCUGGUGGGCAGUGCGGGGGCCCGCACUCCACUCAGCGCUGCUUCGGCCGCCUGACGGACGCGUGGCGUCACCAGUUCCCUGAGGCCUCGGAGAUACCUCGCUGGGGAGAUCUGUCUAGGGCGGGGGUUGCCAUCUUUGAUCUUGACUAUGAUGCUAUUCUUGCUGCCAUGUAUGCUGUAUCUACUAGUGAGGAGGGUGACUGUGACCUGUGUGUUCCGCCUGACCCGGAAAUUGAGGCUGCUGCUCUAGGUGCUGGUAAGGCUGCUGCUCCAGGUGCUAGUGCGUCUGCUGCCCCAGGUGCUGGUGAGUCUGCUCUCUCAGGUACUACACCGCUCCACGCUUACGCCACUUAG